UCCAGACGAUCAGUUAUCGAAAUGAAAUUUAGUUGGCUGACUUCGGUUAUAUUGAUUCUCAUCCUAGCUGAUCAAUCAGAAUCUCUACUAUGGCCGGCUUCUUCAAAUUUGGGUUUAACCCUUUCCGUAUCCCAUCCCAUUGCUGAACUGUUUCCCGAUCGUCGAAUUCUGAUCGAUUGGUGUUUCGCCAUCUCCUACAAUUAUCCGUAUAAUCUAACCGAGUUCUAUAGCAUUCCCAUUUGGCCAGGAUUCGCCAACUAUAAAGCCAAGCGAGAAGUUCCCCAAUUGGAACUAACGGAUGAGAACUUUUAUACGAAAUACGGACAUGAUAAUGGGAAUGGUAUACAUCCAAAGGAUUUUUCUGCUGGCGAACUCUACGCCUUUCUUGAGGAUUCUUUGGCGGGAUAUGGUUUCCAUGAGACUUGCUUACUGAGAAGUGUUUGUGAGUUGGCACAACAUCCCUUCGAUGACAAUCAUCAACACAUGCUCAGUGAUAUUGUGACCUUUGUUUUGAGCCCCUCUCAACACGACGGUUUCCGGGAUGAUGAGCAUAUCUACAAAAGAGCUUACGAACUGGCCGAACAAGAUGGAUUUUUGGGUCGGGAUUGUCUAAAAUUAUAUUCCCACUGCAAACACGAUCUGUUACAACUUAUGAGCAAAGUCAUAUUUCAGUAGAACCAAAUAAAACCAUUCGGGAGUAGGCCUACCUGUAAA